AUGGAACCUUCAACGCAAAAGGCGCUCUUCGAUCGCGUCUACGACAAGCGAAAAGCUGCGGCACUGGAAUUGGAGCGCUAUGUACGUGACUGCCUAUCUCGCGGCGAUCGUGCACGUAUCGACCAGAUUGUCCAGCAACUCUGUACCUACCUUACGCAACGCCCUCCACCGAACCCGAAUGCUCGCAAUGGUGGUCUGAUUGGCUUGGCUGGCAUGGGCAUUGCGCUGGGCCAGGAGUUUGCGACGUACUUGGACCAGUUCAUCGGCCCUGUGCUCGCCUGCUUUAGCGAUCCCGAUCCAAAGACACGCUACUUUGCGUGCGAAAGUUUUUACAACAUUGCAAAGGUAUGCAAGGGCGAGAUCCUGGUGUACUUUAAUGACGUGUUUGUUGUGCUUGCGCGUCUGGCUGCCGACGCGGAAGUCUCGGUCAAGAACGGCGCGGAGCUUUUGGAUCGCCUGUUCAAAGAUAUUGUAUGCGAGGCUGCGCCGCAUUAUGUGUCUGUGUACCAAGAUGUGGCGCGUGUACGUGCCAAGCAGGACCGCGAAACUGGCACGAUCGGGGGUCCCCAUGAGCUGUACGUGGCGCGUGAGAAGGCCGAGCAUGAGCGGUAUAUGAGCGAGCAGCAUGAACAGCAUGAUCACCGCAAUACGGUCAUGAACAAAGCGUUCUCUCUCGCGCGCCUUGUCCCGCUGCUUGCCGAGCGGAUGCAGGUCGUCAGUCCGCUCACACGCAACUACCUGGUGAGCUGGAUUGCCGUGCUGGACUCGGUGCCAGACUUGCAGUUGGUCGCCUACCUCAGUGUGUUUUUGAAGCACUUGUUCCAGUACCUAAGUGACCCCAAUACGGAUGUGCGUGUGGCUACGGCCGACGUUCUCGCCCACUUUCUGCAUGAAAUUCGUGAGGCGGCGCAGCACCACCAAACGUCCAAGACGACGACUAGGAGUGCGAAGAAAAACGAGGACGUGCGCAUGCCUGACGCGGAGAUGCCCCCCUCCGACGUCGAGGCGGACGACGAGGCGCCUGCGGACCCUGCCGUCGACGAGCCUGACAACCUGGUCUGGGUCCACAGCGGCGAAGUGCGCAUUGAGUACGGUGCGAUUCUUGAGAUUCUGCUCGAGCAGGUGCAAAACAGCGACGAGGAAAUCCAAGCCACGACAUUUGAGUGGCUUACAGAGUUCCUGCUGGUGGUGCCGGACAUGGUCGUGCCAUACACGUCUCGCCUGCUUACCGCGAUCCUUCCCUGCCUGGCCCACCCCUCGCCGGCCAUUCAAACAGCCGCCAUGGACUCCAACAAGCAGCUGUUCACGGCGGUGAAAGAACUCCCGCCGCCGCCUUCGAUGGAGGCAGACUCGCCCUCGCUUGACUACUUUGCGACGACGCAAGCGCUGAAGCAGCACCUUCUUGAUGAAAACGAAAAGACGCGACUCAAUGCGCUGGAAUGGCUGAUUAUGCUGCAUGCCAAGUCGCCUUCGAAACUGUUUUCUAUGGAAGAUGGCAGCGUGUCCGUCCUACUGCGCGUCCUGUCCGAUCCCAGUGAAGAUGUGAUUCUGUGCAAUAUGCGCUUGCUCACGCAGAUCUGUGCCCAGGCCGACGAGCGCCAUUUCCGCGCGUUCAUAUCCGACUUGCUGGAGCUCUUUGCGAUGGACCGCAAGUUGCUGGAGACGUGGGGCAGUUUGAUUAUUCGCCAGCUGUGUGCCAAGCUGCAGACCGAGCGUGUGUUUUGCACGCUUGCUGGCAUCCUCGAGUCGUACGAGGACUUGGAAUUCGCCUCGAUCAUGGUACAGAAUCUCAACCUGAUCCUCGUAGCGUCGCACGAACUGCAGCCUCUUCGUAAGCGCCUGCGAUCGUUGGACUCGAAAGAGAACCAGAAACUGUUUGUCCAGCUCCACCGCUCGUGGAGCCACAAUGCGAUCUCGGCUCUGUGCUUGUGUCUGUUGACGCAGUCGUACGAGCAUGCGUACAAUGUCCUGCGCAUCUUUGCCGAUCUGGAGAUCUCUUUAUCGAUGCUUCUGCAGCUCGAUAAGCUGGUCCAGAUGAUCGAGUCGCCCAUAUUCACGUCCAUGCGCCUCCAACUUCUCGAGCCUGAACAGAACCCGUUUUUGCUAAAGUGUCUCUACGGUGUACUUAUGCUUCUCCCACAAAGCUCCGCCUUUGCGACGCUGCGCAACCGAUUGCACUCUAUCAACGGCCUCGGCCAUGUUCUGCCGCCGGCGCGUAGCACGACCUCUUCGUUGCGGUCCUCGCGUGGCUCGAAUGCGCCUGCCUCCGACGUGCCGUGGGCCGAGCUACUGACCCACCUACGCACCGUACAAGCGCAGCACGAUCGACUGCGUACGUCGCAUGCGUCCACGACCACCGCAGCGAUGCCGGCGCCUACCACGACGCAUGAACGCGUUCGUGACACCUCGCUGUCCCGCGACGAGGCCGCUCGGCGGCAGCGUCGUAGUGGUCUGCCUGCCGACCCGAUGCCUUUCGCCUCGGCGACGCGCUCCACAGCGCCGCCGGGUAUCAUGUCGGUGCACAACGAGGCGAAAGCGCCUGUACAUAGUCGCGCAGCGCGUGAAUAA